UAGCAGAAGAGAGAAAAAGAGGACUCCGACGGCGACGGAAAAGAACUGGAGUGUCCGAGGCGAUUUUGUUCGUGUGUCUCGUAGAUACCCGUUUUCUGCGAGUACACACACAAGAGUACGAGACGUGCCGACACCCACUACUUCCUGAGGAAGAUGUAGAAAAAAGCUCGAGUGAGAUAGCGCGGACUACAGAUCACGGUGUCGAGCAAGGUAGCUAGCUCGGUAGUUGGCGAUCGGCAAGAGAAAGCUACAGGACGUCAGGUCGUGUGUGCUGGAGCUUCAGUCGCGGGGACAUCGACAGAGUGCGGGGAGAGCGUAAACAUGGGCGAUGGCAAGGAGGCCGAGCGCCAACCACUCCUCAAGAGUGACAACGUCAACUACAGUAGUGGCGGCGAGGUAUCAGGAACGGAGUCUCAACCACAAGUUAAUAAUGUCGCUCCAAUUGGCCCUGAUGAACUACCUCCGUCAUAUCAAGCUAGUCAGGGUAGCAUGCACAUGGUUACCUGUCGUGUAUGUCAAGCUAUGAUUGACAUCUCUGGCAAAAGAGAUCAGCAUGUUGUUAAGUGUAACCAAUGCAACGAAGCUACACCAAUCAAAAACGCACCACCAGGGAAGAAAUAUGUGCGUUGUCCGUGCAAUUGCCUGCUCAUAUGUAAGAGUUCAUCACAGCGAAUCGCCUGCCCCAGGCCUAAUUGUAAACGAAUUAUCAAUCUCGCGCCGAGUCCCGUGACACCGCCUAAUUUGUCAAUGCCUGGAAUGUGUCGAGUCUGUUGUGCUCACUGUCAUGACACGUUUUUGUUUAAUACUUUAAAUAAUUCUUUGGCGCGUUGUCCGCACUGUCGAAAAGUGUCAUCUGUUGGACCAGACUUUGCAAGAGGACGUGGAAUUCUUUUCAUCAUCCUCGGAGUUGUUAGUUUAAUUCUUGGAAUUGCUGUAACAGUUGGAACAUACACUAUUGUGCACUCCAAUGGAGGAAUUUAUAUUGCUUAUGUUGGUGCAUUCCUUCUUGCGCUUCUGUUCUUUGGAAGAAGCAUCUAUUAUUGUAAAAUGAAGAUAAGUCUUAUUGAGGAUCCCAUGUAGUUUUAUUAAAAAAAAUGAAGGCUGUUACUAAAUAAUUUUAAUAAUAUAAUUGUAUAAUCUAUUUAGAUAAGUUUACAGUGAGUAUGAUAAUGAUGAAUUGGAACGAUUAAACGAGUUUAGUAAGUUCCCGUGCUUGCUAUUCCGAUCUGAAGUAAAAAAAAUACACUCGCUACAAAAACAACAUCUAUAUGACAAAAAAUGAUCUAUAAAUGAUUUUUAAAGGAAAUUUCAAAACUAAUUAUUUGUUAAUUGAUUUUAUUUUUGUAGAUUUUUGAUUAUUUAUAAAAGUUAUAAGAUUCAAUAAUAAUAAAUCUAAUAACUUUUUUUCAAGGCAAAAAACAUAUUUCCUAAUUCAUCUCUCUAGUAACGAUCAAGUACACCCUGAAAUGUAUGCUUCUUAAGGAUAACGUUCUUGUUACAAAAUUAAAUUAUAUCAUGUACAUUUUAUAAAAAUACGUUGUGUUUAGUUAGUUGCCUUUUUUUCAUUUUUUUAGAUAAGUAAACAGUUUUAUGUUCAAAACACAUUCUAAACGCGUUUUACAUUUUGGUACUGUAUCAAAAUAUUUAAUAAAUAUUUAUUAUAAAUUAGAA